GGACAUCGAGACGUUGGGGUGGCCGCACGGAGGUGACAAGCUGCGCACCUAGAAAGUUACCCGGCUGGCUGGUCCCUGAGCAACAUGGGAAAUGGUUCAGUGAAACCCAAACACUCCAAACAUCCUGAUGGCCACUGUGGGAGCCUCAGCACGGAGGCUCUGAGGAACAAGGUGGUAGAGCUGGAGAGAGAGCUGAGGAGGAAGGAUGCUGAGAUUCAGGAGAGGGAGUACCAUUUGAAGGAGCUUCGGGAGCAGCUGUCAAAGCAGACAGUGGCCAUCGCUGAGCUCACCGAGGAACUGCAGAACAAGUGCAUCCAGCUGAACAAGCUACAGGAUGUGGUCCAUAUCCAAGGAGGGAGUCCAGUGCAGGCCUCUCCUGAUAAAGUGCCUCUGGAAAUCCACCGAAAGACCUCAGGAUUGGUCUCUCUCCACAGCAGGAGGGGUGCAAAGGCUGGAGUGUCUGCUGAACCGACCACCCGAACCUAUGACCUCAACAAACCUCCAGAGUUUUCCUUUGAGAAAGCAAGAGUCAGAAAGGACUCCAGUGAGAAGAAACUCAUCACAGAUGCCCUAAAUAAAAACCAGUUUCUGAAGCGACUGGACCCUCAGCAGAUCAAAGACAUGGUGGAAUGUAUGUAUGGGAGAAACUACCAACAAGGCAGUUACAUUAUUAAGCAAGGAGAACCAGGAAAUCAUAUCUUUGUGCUGGCAGAGGGCCGAUUAGAGGUGUUCCAAGGAGAGAAGUUGUUAUCAUCCAUCCCUAUGUGGACAACAUUUGGGGAACUCGCCAUUUUGUACAACUGUACACGAACAGCCUCUGUGAAAGCCAUUACCAAUGUUAAAACUUGGGCACUUGACCGAGAGGUUUUCCAGAAUAUAAUGAGAAGAACAGCCCAAGCUAGGGAUGAGCAGUACAGAAACUUUCUCAGAAGUGUAUCCUUGCUGAAAAAUUUACCUGAAGAUAAACUAACCAAGAUCAUUGACUGCUUAGAAGUGGAAUACUAUGACAAAGGAGAUUAUAUCAUUCGGGAAGGAGAAGAAGGAAGCACUUUUUUCAUUUUGGCAAAAGGAAAGGUAAAAGUCACACAGAGUACCGAGGGCCACGAUCAACCACAGCUGAUAAAAACCCUGCAGAAAGGAGAGUACUUUGGAGAAAAAGCUCUCAUCAGUGAUGAUGUCAGAUCAGCUAACAUUAUUGCUGAAGAAAAUGAUGUCGCGUGCCUGGUUAUAGAUCGAGAAACAUUCAACCAAACUGUUGGGACAUUUGAAGAACUCCAAAAAUACCUUGAAGGGUAUGUGGCCACCCUGAACCGAGAUGACGAAAAGAGACAUGCAAAGAGAUCCAUGUCUAACUGGAAGCUGUCCAAAGCACUCUCUCUGGAGAUGAUUCAGCUCAAGGAGAAGGUGGCCAGAUUUUCCUCAUCAUCCCCAUUCCAGAACCUUGAGAUUAUCGCCACACUGGGCGUUGGUGGGUUCGGAAGAGUUGAGCUUGUUAAAGUAAAAAAUGAGAAUGUUGCUUUUGCUAUGAAAUGUAUACGGAAGAAACACAUUGUGGACACGAAACAGCAAGAACACAUCUACUCGGAGAAGAGGAUCCUGGAGGAGCUGUGUUCUCCAUUCAUUGUAAAAUUAUACCGUACUUUCAAGGACAAUAAAUAUGUGUACAUGCUUCUAGAAGCCUGCUUGGGUGGAGAGCUAUGGAGUCUAUUAAGGGACAGGGGCAGCUUUGAUGAGCCCACCUCCAAAUUCUGUGUCGCUUGUGUGACAGAAGCAUUUGAUUACCUGCAUCGACUAGGUAUUAUCUACAGAGACCUGAAGCCAGAAAACUUAAUUCUAGAUGCCGAGGGUUAUCUUAAGUUGGUUGACUUUGGAUUUGCUAAGAAAAUAGGUUCUGGACAGAAAACAUGGACAUUCUGUGGAACUCCAGAGUAUGUAGCUCCUGAGGUCAUUCUCAACAAAGGACAUGACUUCAGUGUCGAUUUUUGGUCCCUGGGAAUCCUGGUGUAUGAGCUUCUAACGGGAAACCCACCCUUUUCUGGAAUUGACCAAAUGAUGACCUACAAUUUAAUUCUAAAAGGAAUUGAAAAAAUGGAUUUUCCCAGAAAGAUAACAAGGCGGCCUGAGGAUUUGAUCAGGAGACUUUGCAGGCAAAAUCCAACAGAAAGACUGGGAAAUCUGAAGAAUGGAAUCAAUGACAUAAAGAAGCACAGGUGGCUAAAUGGGUUCAACUGGGAGGGACUGAAGGCAAGGAACCUUCCAUCACCUUUACGAAGAGAGAUCAGUGGACCCAUAGAUCACAGCUACUUUGACAAGUAUCCGCCUGAAAAGGGAGUACCACCCGAUGAGAUGUCAGGCUGGGAUAAAGACUUCUGACAGAAGACAAGGCGAUUACUGCUGUUAUACCUUAGAAGAGGACUAUAUGGAUCAGUAACCCAACACUGAUUAUUUCUCGCUUCAAAGUAUUAUAUGAACUUUUGGAACACCAUGAAGGACAAGAAAUCUCUGCAUAAGAGGUGGAGAAUGGGUAGAUAUAUCUCUGAGUGAUGAAGUCUCAUUUAGAUGCUGUGAAUAUUCAUUAUUACAGUCAGAUGUUAAAGGUUAUUCGCCUCUCUUUUCUACAAUCAAAACCAUUUUUGUUGCAGUGGCAUAGUAUUCUCUGAAAUCUACUGUCUUCCCAAAUUAUGCCAUUUUUGUCUCAGUCCCAGUGAAUUUUCACAAGGAGCUUGUACAUGAAUGAUUAAGUCAUGCAAACAGAAAGAGGAAUGCAAAUAAAUUUUGAAACAUA